GUGAUGCCACCAUGGGAGAGCAAAUUCUGGAUAGGACUGCAUCGCAAGCAUGGGCCAACAUUUGUAUGGACUGACGGUAAUGAGUUUUUCGAUAAUCCGGGACAUUUUGCAAAACCGUCAAAUUUCACUAUGUGGUGCUCCGGAUAUCCGAUCGCACGAGGAGAUUGUGUAUAUAUGCAGCAGCAUAAUGGAACAGAACUGUGUUGGUUUAACGCUGACUGCGAUAACGAUGAGAAUUAUAUCUGUGAACGAAAGCCGUGUGAUACGGAUAAUUAUUGUUCAUUCGACGAUAAGUAA